AAAUUAGAGUAAGAAGUGCUUGUUGAGUGGAGAAAGUGGGCUGUUCUGUCGUCUACAUAGUUAAAAAAAGAAAGAAACUAAAAAUUACGUGUUUAUAGAUUUUAAAAAUACACUUCGUAAUGUUUGUGUGAUUCAGUGUAGUGAUAAUAUUCGAGUAUGUCUGCCGCUCGCAUGUACACAAAAGUUAACCACGCGGAAGGCAAAAUACCAUUUUUAAUCGGAGUUGCUGGUGGAACAGCAAGUGGCAAGUCUACAGUAUGUAAACGAAUAAUGGAAAAACUGGGACAAGUGGAUGUGGAUCACGCUCAGAGACAAGUGGUGACCAUCAGUCAGGAUAGCUUCUACCGUGAACUGUCUCCAGCAGACAAGGCCAAGGCAGCUAAAGGACAGUACAACUUUGAUCAUCCAGAUGCUUUUAACGAUGAGCUCAUUUAUCAAACUCUGCAAGAUGUACUGGCUGGCAAGAAGUGUGAAAUUCCUGUUUACGAUUACCGCACAAAUUCAAUAGUUCCAAACCAGACAACCACUGUCUACCCAGCUGAUGUGGUGCUUUUUGAAGGGAUUCUGGUCUUUUACUUUCCAGAAGUAAGGGAUCUUUUCCAUAUGAAAUUAUUUGUUGACACUGAUUCAGACACCAGACUGGCAAGGAGAGUUCCACGUGAUAUAAAAGAGAGAGGACGGGAUUUGGACAACGUUCUUACGCAUUACAUGAACUACGUCAAGCCUGCAUUUGAAGAUUUCUGUUUACCGACAAAGAAAUUUGCUGAUGUUAUCAUCCCUCGAGGUGCAGACAACACUGUUGCAAUAGAUCUGAUAGUGCAUCACAUCUGGGACAUUUUGCACGGGUCAGCUUCAAGCCAACACAAGCUCCUGACCCAGCGACGAGCCAGUUCAGGCUCUGAUACUCUGAGUCGUUAGACAUUCACAGCAAGUGGUUACUAUAAGCUCACGCACAUACAGUAGAUCUUACUAACUUAGACUCUAACUACAGGGUAACACUUCAUGGUGUUUUAUACAGUAUUUAUUUACUAUAACGGUCAAUUAUUUUGCACUGAGAUCAUUUUGAUAACUGCAUAACUUUUAUUUUGUAUUAGUUAAGGUGACUUUCUAGUCCAUCUAGAAUUUGAUCUGUAUUUCAUAAAGAGUUUCAUGUUUUUUAUUUAUACUGUACUUACAUUGUAUGCUGAGAGUAGUGUUUUAUAUACAUUCCUGGCCGAGCAUUUAAUACACUUUUCAAUCAAUGGACUGAAAUCUGAAUACUAUUAUAUGAAGAUAACUGAAAUACAAAUUUUAUAUACUGAAAA